AUGCCUCCAUGUUUGACUUUUGUAAAGAUCAACCAUAACUCAGUAAUACCUGUCAGAAUUCAUGUUAAUAGGAAGAGACUUCUCUCUUCAAAAUUGUUUCACUCCGCCAUAGACCUGUCGCAUAAGUCGAAAGCCUUGCUUACCUUAAAAAAAAUCAAUUUCAUCCGGAUAUCCAAUAAAGAUAUCACCUCCCUAACUAGCUCCAUAAGCCAUGAUAUCUUGGAAUACCUCCUUCGUGUACCCAUCAGUGAAUUGGUGAAGUUGCUGUCCGAUGUCAAUACUGACAUUCCGGUGCCCCCAAACUCACUUUGCAUCGAUUUGAAUAAGUCAUCGUGGAAAUGUCACGUUGUAGUGCCAUUGAGAUUCGUGAUAAAACUUAGAUCAAACUUGCUUAUACCCUUGACAGAUGACGACUGGGCUCUAUUUAAUAAAGUAAAGAGUGAUUCCGGCGUUUCUACUAUUAAUUUAUUGGUGAAACACACAACAAUGCUGCCCCCGAAAAUCUUAAUAGAAGAAGAUGAGGAUGAUGCCUUUAAUGUGGAAAAGCAGGAUACCAAAAAGGAUUCUUUAAGCUACAAAUUCACUAGUCCUUCCGUAUUGACUAACCUAGGUAGGUUCUUGGAUAUCUACGUCUAUGAGAGGCCCCCCAGGACCGUACUUCCUCUGUAG